AUGUCUAAUAUAGCUAAGAAAACGCAAUAUAAUAUUAAGGUUGAUAUUCACGAAGUAAAAGAUUUAAGUUUUCGCGAGAGUGCGAAUGAGAAAGAAAUAAUUCCCAAUCCUUAUAUUGAGGUGACAGUAAAUAAUGAGAAGAAAAGUACAUCAAAAAAGAAUCAAGCUGUAAAUGUUGUAUAUAAUACAUCAUUUAAUUUUUCACAAGAUUUAACAGAUUAUAAAUUUGAGAGGACAAGUGUAGAUGUAUGUGUAUUACAUAGAUAUACAAUUCAGAGUGCUUUAAUAGGUAAAUGUUCAUUUGGUUUAAGUUAUGUAUAUUCAAAAGUUCAACAUUGGUUAUAUAGGAUAUGGGUUAAACUAAGAAAUCCAGAUUUACCAUUAGAUGAUGUUGGUUAUUUAUUAAUAUCUGUUGGUGUAUAUGGUCCAGGUGAUUCGAUACCUAUUGUAAAUGAUAGUGUUAAGACUGAUAUUAAUGAAGAUGUUUUUAAUAAUAAAGGUUUAGAUAUACAUAUUACACAUUAUGAUUUAUGUUUAAAUAUUUUUAGAGGUCAAGAUAUUGAAUUAAUAGGUAGUAGUACACUUUUUUCUAAUAUUCUUGAACCAUAUGUAAAAGUAUCACAUAAUGGUUUUGAAGAAUGUACUAAGGUUAUUAGAAAUGAUCCUAAUCCUGUUUGGAAUUUAAGUAUUCAUAUUCCUACUUGUACUCCUUGUUAUGAUAAAAAUAUUAUUGUAGAAUUAAUAAAUGGACAACAUAAUGGUGUUGUUAUAUAUAGUAUUAUUCUUGAUUUUUUUGAAAUUCUAAAAAGAGAAUUAGCACCUAGAUGGUUUAAUAUUUAUUAUAAUCCACAAAAUCAAAUCAUACCAAGGAAUAGUCAAUAUAUACAAAACGGAUCAAUACAAUUAAAUUUUAAUAAUACUACAUCAAAUAAUAAUAAUAAUAACAAUAAUAAUAAUAAUAAUACUAAUACUACCAGUGCUAUAAAUCCUUUGGGUAAUUAUCUUUUUUCAGGAGCAGCUGAAAAAAUUUUUAAAAAUGCUACACAAGGUAUUAAUAUUAAUGAUAUAUUAGGUGUAACCAAAGUACAAAAUUUAUUUUGUGAUGAUACAUUAAAAGAAUUCUAUUUAUAUGGUGGACGCAUUUUUUUAAGUGCAAACGCAACCAAAACUCAUUCUCCAGGUCCUAUUUGCAUAAAAUCAGCUAAAGUAGAGGUAGAUGCUCCCAACAAAGAAUAUAUUUUCUGUGCUGACAUAUAUGAAAUUUUAUCAGUUCAAAAUAAUAAAAUGGGGAAUUAUGAUGACUACGAUGAUAACUACACCAAUAAUGACGAUACCAUAAAAGAUAACAACAACAACAACAAUAAUAAUAAUAAUAAUAAUAAUAAUAAAAAUAAUGUGUAUAAUGUUUAUAAUAGUGCAAAUGAAAAAAGACGAAGCAGAUACAAUAACAAUUACGAUUCGAGUGGUGAUAGUAUCAUCUGUGUUUGUGCUCUUGGACCACAUAAACUUAAAACCAUUCCUCUUCUUCCAAAUGAAGUUGGAUCUUAUGUUUUAAACGAAAAUGUUGGAAGAAUAGAUGAAUUUCGAAUAUUUUUACCACAAAAUAAUAAUGAACAAAUAUAUGAUAUAUUUUUAUAUAUUUAUAUAAAAUCCAAUUUAGCUGUUACUAAUUGGAUUAAUAAUAGAAGAAGUAUAUUAUAUAACAGUGUAUUAAAUAAUGAAUAUGAUUCUGCAGAUAGAAAUAAAAUACAAGGAUUACAUAAAAUGAGUUCUAUAAAUAAUUUAUCAGAAGAUGUAAUACAAGAUGAAGAUUUCUUAAAUAAUUAUAAAUUAACAAGCUAUGUACGUAUUCCAUAUAAAUAUCUUUUAUUAAAUGAAAAUAAACCUAAAUGGUUUUCUAUGAAAAAUAUUGAAACAAAUGCACAUGAAUAUAAUAUAUCUUUUUUUGCUAAUUUAAUACCUUAUCAUUCUUAUAAAAAAAGACCUAAAAGAUUAGAAUAUAAAUUAUCUAGAUAUUUUUUUCGUGCUCUAAUAUAUGAAGGAUUACAUUUUCCAGCAAAAGGAUAUAAUGCCUUUCCAGAUCCUUAUAUUAAAAUUGAAUUAGCUGGACAAGUUAUUAAAACCAGUACUAUCUUACAUACUUUGAAUCCAAAUUAUUAUGAAGCAUAUGAAGUAGAAGUUAUAUUACCUACUAAUUUAAAUCUAGCUCCUGAUAUAUCUAUAGAAGCCUUAUCUGUAAAUAAAUCCUUUUUAUAUAAUGAUGAUAUUUUAUUAGGAUCAUGCACAUUUCCUAUUAUGAAGGUACCAACUGAAUGGAAGAAAUCACCUAUAUGGAUACCAUUAAAAUCAUCACAAUAUAAAAAAUGUAAAGCUAAACUACUUGUUGCUUUUGAAUUAGUACCUGUAGAAAAAGUUCUAGAUGAUACAUAUCCCUUUUAUGAUGAUAUAAGACCUUCUACAUUACCUGGACAUGUCUCUUUAUUUUUAAUAGGCAUACGUAUGUUUAAACCUUUAAAAGAUCCUUCUGUAACUGUUUGUUUUGGUCGAGAUGUUGAUGACACAUCUCAAUUUUUGUGGCAUGAAACUACUAAUAAAGUUAUAUCAGGAAAAGAAGGGAACUGGAACUUUUUAAAAUAUUUUUCUUUAGAUGUUAUGUUACCUAAAAGAAUGCAACAUCAUAGUUUUCUCGAGGUUAGAAUAGAAGAUAGAAUAUUGAAUAGUGGAUUCACCGGAACUACAACUAGUAACUCCUAUCCUGUAAAUGCAACAAAUAAUAAUCUUUUAAUAGGAACUGCAUAUAUAACUCUAAAUCCAUUACUUCCAUGGCUAGAUAAAUAUGAAAAAAAUGAAUGCGUGGAGUUAUUUAAGUUGCAUGUACUAGAAGAAGUUCUAAUAGAAGAUGCAGAGAUGGAUAGGAAAUCUUACAAUAGUGCAUUGAUAUAUAAAAAAAGUUCAAUCAUGUCAAAGAAAUUCUCUAAUUUUAAUUUUGAAAUGCAAGAGAUGGGAGAGACAAAUGGUAUAUUUAAUGAUAUACCCAUGAAUACUUUGGAAGAAAAUAUUAUCAUAAAUGGGAAUGAUAAUAGUGAUGAUAAAGAAAAUAGUGAUGAUGAUAAAGAAAAUAGUUAUGAUGAUAAAGAAAAUAGUUAUGAUGAUAAAGAAAAUAGUUAUGAUGAUGACAAGAACAAUAGUUAUUAUGAUGAAAAGAACAAUAGUUAUGAUGAUGAUGAUGAUGAUAAUAAUAAUAAUAAUAGAAAAGAGGCCGAAAAAAGAAUAAAGAAAAAAGAAAAAAAAAAUAUAUAUAGAACAAACAAUGAUAGAACACAAAAUAAUAACACACAUGUUAAUAAUAAAUAUAAUCAUGUAAUAGAUAUAAAAAAGAAAAAAAGAAAAAAGAAUAUAAAGAAAUAUAUUAAUAACGAAUAUGUUCCAUACAAUGAUCCAGAUUUUUCUAAUGUACGUAUAGAAGAGACAUUAGAACAUGUAUGUUUUAAAAUAAAUGAUUUAACAAAGAAAGAGAAUACAUAUAUAUAUAAGGACGAAGAAGAAACUUUAUGUGAUAGUAUUUCAAGUGAUAAAAAGAAACGAUUAAAAGAUAUAAAUUUUUUUAAAGGUGGCAAACAUGAUUAUAAAGAAAAGAAUAAUAUGAUUAUAGAUGGAAAGCAACCUACAACAAUAUAUGGAUUCAAUGAAGAUAUGUUAAAUUUUCAAUUAUCAUUAGCAGAUGAUGAUGAACAAGAAGAAAUUCAAAGAGAUGAAAUGUUAUAUGAAUAUGAAGUAGAUAUGAAUACAGAUGAUUUACCUUAUUUAAGAGCAACAAUUUUUAGAUGUACAGAUUCAGGAGUUCCUGAAGCAGUUGGAUAUUUGAAAUAUAUAUGUAAUGUAUAUGAUGAAAAGACAAUGUAUUUAAAAAAGGAAAUGAUAAAGAAAUGUGAUGAUUUAGUAAGAGAAUAUAGAUUAACACGUAAUUUAGUAGUACGUGCAUAUAUUAUACAAGCAAGAGGUUUGAAUCCACCAUCAGGUGCAACAGAUAUAACAACAUAUAUAUGGAUAAAAAAUAGUAAUGAAAUGACAAAUAUUCCAGGAGGUUUAUCUCAUAAUAUAAAAGAUACAGGUCAUACAAAAAAACAAGGAUAUAAACCAGAAUUUAAUAGAUGUUAUCAAUUAUUAUGUUCAUUUCCUGAUGAAUCUAUUGUACAAGUAUGUAUAAUGAAUCAAGGUUCUUUAUCAGAUGAAAUUAUAGGAUAUACAUAUAUAGAUAUGGAAGAUAGAUAUUUUAAUCAAAAAAUUAGACAAUUAAUGAUAGAUGAUAUUAUGCCAAUAGAAUUAAGAUCUUUAAAAUUAGAAAAUAGUACAAUUUCUCAUGGAUCUUUAAGAUGUUGGUUUGAAAUAUUUAAUGAAGAAUUUGCUCAACUCAAUCCUAUAAAAGUUUUAUGUUCCAAUGAACCUGAUGAUUAUCAAUUAAGACUUGUAAUAUGGAAAGUAAAUAAUGCUUCUAUGGAUGAUAAUUCAACUAUAAGCUUAUUUGUUAGAUGUAUUUAUACUGAUGAAGAUAAUGAAGAUAUAAGAGAUACAGAUACACAUUAUAAUAGUAAAGAUGGAAAAGGAAUAUUUAAUUGGAGAUUUGUUUAUAAUAUUAAAAUACCAACUAAUGCAACAAAUAUUAAAAUACAAAUUCAUAAUUAUGCUCUACUAUCAUCUAAUGAGCCUAUUGGAGAGGCAAACUUGGAUUUGUCUGCUCAUUUUUAUAGGGCACGCAAGAAGAAGGGUUAUUACCCUAUACCCAGAUUUUGGCUAUCGUGUAAACACCCAGCUCAUAAAAAUAAAGUAAGAGGAAAUGUAGAAAUAGAGGGAUCCAUUCUAAUAAAAUCUGAGGCUGAGCUUGACCCAGUUGGUAAUGGAAGGGAUGAACCUAAUAAAGAUCCUUAUUUACCUCCAGUAACUGAAAAUAGAACAUAUGUUGAUUGGGUGAUGAUAAAUGAAAAGUUUGGUGCUGCAACAGCAUCGAUUAUGUAUGGCUUAAAAUGGACAGGUGUUUGGAUUGUAGUGGGUGUUAUCGUAAUUGGUAUAUUUUUCCUCAUAUUUUUGUUUAAAUGA